CUGAUAAAGAGAAAAACAAAAAGCCAGACUACUCCCCUAAGAAUAGCUAGGAAUAACAAGAUAUAUACCAAUAAUGAAGAUAUUGCAGAUCAGUUUAAUAAACAUUUUAUUAAUGAAGGCCCAAACUUGGCCGGUAAAACUGACAAAAGCAAUGAAAAUCCUCACAAUAUAUCUCGUCAUCUUCAAUUAAGAGGGGCACCUAACGAGAAUAUAGUUCAAAACCACUUAAACAUAGGAUUGUUAAACUUAUUUUAGUAUUUAAACGGUAGAUUUAGGCAUAUUUUUAUCCCCUAGAAAUUUUUCGUCUGUUCGGAUUUCCUAGCUGAAAGUCUAGUGAUCCGAAAAUUACAGGGACCAAAAUUUACCUUUUCGAAAAUUUCAGCCAGAAAAAAGGCUCCCGAAAAUUCUAGGUGACCUUUUUAGGGUAAAAAUUCGUUAAAAAUGGGCAAUAAUACCAUUUUUUAGAUGUUCGAAAAUCCUAGGAGAGGCAGGCAAGCAAGAAAUGUUCCGAAAAUUCUAGAUCUCAAAUCGUCUUCCGAACAGAUAUUUUCCGAAAAUUGACGUUGGGUGCCCCUGAAUUAACAGUUUUGUUAUAGAAAAUGUCACAGAAGCUCAGGUUUCUAACUUGUUCAAAAACCUAGAAACAAACAAAUCAUAAAGUGACAUACCUAACGAACUAAUAAAAAUACCGGCUGAGCCAUUAUCUCAGUGCUCCAUUCACGCAAAUUUAUAAUCAAUCGAUUGAAACUGGUAUAGUUCCAAAUAUAUUAAAAGUUUCACUGGCUACUCCAGUGUACAAAUUAAAAGUGGUGAUGCAACUAACCCUACCAACUAUAGGCCUAUUUCAACUCUCUCAUCUUUUCGCAAGGUUUUUGAAAAGUUAAUUUAUAACCAACUAUACAACUUCCUUGAAAAAUAUAGCAUUUUGUAUAAGUAUCAAUUUGGAUUUAGGAAGGGAUACUCCAUUGAGCAGGCCAUCUUAGAAAUUACUGACUCACUUAAGAAGGCUAUGGAUAAAAAAUUGGUCACCUAUGGUCUUUUUCUUGACUUUUCAAAGGAAUUUGGCACAGUUCACCAUGAUAUUGUGUUAUCAAAACUCUAUAGAUAUGCUAUACGUGGAAAUCCCGUCAGAUGGUUUGAAAACUACUUAUACAAUCGUAAUCAGGCUGUCAAAAUUGGUGACACUAUAUCUAGCAGUCAGACAUUAUCUACGGUAUACCUCAAGGGUCAUCUUUGGGUCCAUUGUUAUUUCUGCUCAAAGUUCAAGCAAACUAUCCUUCCUAAUUUUUGCCGAUGACACUAAUAUGUUUUAUGCAGGUAAUAAUCUGCAUAACCUUGAGUCCGUCAUGAAUGAAAAAUUUAGGUCAGUAGUUAAGUACUGUGCCAUUAACAAAUUAUUUAUAAACUUUUCAAAAAAAAUUACAUCCUAGUCUCAUCCUUAAGGUUAAGUGGAGGUAAAAAUGUAAAUAACAUCAAGUUCAAAAGCCAAAAAAAGUAUCUGGGUGUGUAUACAGAUCAACACGUACACUGGGGACCUCAGAUUAAGCAUAUUAACAAUAAAUUAGCAAAAAAUAUAUAGGAAUUAUUACCAAAUUAAGAUACCAUGUAAAUCUGCAUACAAUGAAACAACUGUAUUACUCUUUCACCUAUCCAUAUUUAACCUAUGCUAUCACUAGCUGGGAAAGUGCUUGCAAAACUAGGCUGAAUAGGAUCAGGACUAAGGAAAAUAAAUGCAUUCGAUUAAUUUUCUUUGCACACAGUAGAGAGAAUGCUACGUCUUACUAUAAUUUAUUGGAUAUCCUCAAAUUUGAUAACAUUCUCAAACUUAAAGUAGCACUCUUUGCGCAUAACAUCAUUAACGAUCCAACAGGCAUCCCAACAAUAUUCUCGGGAACUCUACCUCUAGCUUCCGACUGCCGUAUUCAUUAA